AAUGUAGCCAUGGGCUUUAAACCAGAAGGCCUUGGAGAACCAAGUACUGUAUGCCCUAAAGAUGGGAACUCACUGAAGAGCAGAAUAGAAAAAGUGUUUUUUUUCUGCAUUUGCAUAUGGAGUUGCUCUCUCUAUAUGCAAAUAUCCGUCAACAAUGAACUAAGGAAAUUUCUGCUAGCAUAAGAACCUUGACCUCCUCAUUAUUCUCCGCCUUGAAGUUCAUUGAAAAGCGACAUUGUUUCUUUAAGAUUGCACUUGCAGUCAUCAGCGGGUCUGUCCAUUGUUGCGGGAACAGAAAGCGAGUUGAGGUUGAUAUACGGGGGCCGGAGACCAGUUGCGCAUAUCAUCAUCGGACCAGCUGCAGUGCAGGCAGCCAGCAGUUAGCCAACAAGUCCUGAACGCAUCCUUCCAGACAUGGGUUGCUAUGACUGCUGUAUGCGCUGUUUGGGCGGGGUGCCGUACUGCUCCCUAGUCGCCACACUGCUGUGUUUCUCUGGCAUUGCCCUCUUUUGUGGUUGUGGGCACCAGGCACUCACAGAGACAGAGAGACUCAUCGAGACGUACUUUGCCCGUAACCUUCAGGACUACAUCACCCUAGCCUACAUCAUCCAAUAUUUCCAGUAUGUCAUCUAUGGUUUGGCCUCCUUUUUCUUCCUCUACUGCAUCGUGCUGUUGGCUGAGGGCUUCUACACCACAAGCGCUGCCAAGCAAACCUUUGGAGAGUUCAGGAGCACCAUGUGUGGCCGCUGCCUCAGCUCCUCGUUUAUAGUGAUGACAUACGUACUAGCCGUGCUGUGGCUGUUGGUGUUUGCCUUCUCGGCGCUACCAGUCUACUUCUUCUACAACAUGGACUCCACCUGCCACACCAUUGACGUUCUGACGGAGACCCCAGCGAGUAUCAACCAGCUCUGUGUUGAUGCGAGGCAAUAUGGACUGCUGCCAUGGAAUGCAGUGCCAGGGAAAGCUUGCGGUAUGACUCUGUCCACUGUUUGCAAGACCAGAGAGUACCAAAUGACCUAUGACCUCUACAUUGCUGCCUUCGCCGGUGCGGGCAUCACACUCUUGGCUCUGGUGCACUGUUCCCUGCACUUGGCUGUGAACCAGGUGUACCUGAGGAAGCUGAGGCACAAGGCGAAAGAGGAGAGGAGAGGCUAUGACCUGUUUGGGAGGCUGCAGAGGGACAGAGGGGGGACACUGUGCUCUCCAUACCCUGCAAAUGCGUCUGACAUCUCCUGACAGUGCCUCUGGUGUGGCUGCAGGAGCUUUUCAUGAUGGCCAUCACAAGUUGAGAUCCACCAUUUUGUGAAGUGUAUAACGUGAUAGUAUUUCAUCAACUGAUUCCCUUCAUUAUUUUUGAUUUUCAAAUUAAAAAUAUAGCCACAUCUUACGUA